CUCAACAAGCACAAAUAAGCAUCACGAGUGGCAUUUAUUUCUCCAGAUCAGUUAGAUUUGUUUUUGAAUAAGGGAGGCAGCUGUUCUUGUCUUCACUCUUAGAAAAGCAAAACUAAAGCAACUAGGGAGAAAGGCAGAGCCAUUGGGAAUGGCCAGUCAGCAGGGAGGACCUGAAGCUCUGUGGUGGGUUGGGAGCAUUUUCGUUGCGGCCGGGAGUGAGGGACGAGUUGCAAAACCAAUAGGGGUGACAGGUGAGUUGCGAAACCAGUCUGAAGUAAAAAAUGAGGUUCUCCGAGAGUACAGCAGCGCGGGCAGCAGGCCGGGUUAGCUGCUCAGCGAGCGGAAGUGUCCGGAGCAGGCGGAAGUGUCCGGGGCAGGCGGCUGUGUCACGCCGAGGCACGGUGGCUGCUCGGUGGAUGCAGGAGGCUGGCGGGCGGAGUAAGCUACGUCUAGGUCAAAGAAGGGCAAAGGAAGCCUGACACUGACGCGGAUCGCCUCUGGAUUCCGGGUCCCGGGUGUCUAGUGGGAAGCCAAGGCCGAUCUUCGAGCUCCUGGCACCUCAGAACCUGCUCAGACACUUCCGGCAUUCAAGAAUUAAAUUCUGAAUUAGACUAUAAAUAGGAUGGACAGUUAUUUUAAAGCAGCAGUCAGUGACUUGGACAAACUUCUUGAUGAUUUUGAACAGAAUCCAGAUGAACAAGGUUAUCUCCAGGGUGCACAAAAUGCGUAUGAUUCUAACCACUGUUCAGUUUCUUCAGAGUUGGCUUCCUCUCAGCUAACUUCACUGCUACCAAAGAAUCAACAAUGCAUUAAUUGCUGUGCUACAUCAGAAACAUGCUAUGAAGCAACUCAAUUUUCCCUGAACAAAAAAACACUUGAGGAACUAACUUCUGUACAAAAUGAAAAAAAUGUAACAGGACUUGAUCUUCUUUCUUCUGUGGAUGGUGGCACUUCAGAUGAAAUCCAGCCUUUAUACAUGGGACGAUGUAGUAAACCUGUCUGUGACCUGAUAAGUGACAUGGGUAACUUAGUUCAUGUGACUAAUAGUGAAGAAGAUAUGAAAAAAUUGCCAGAUGAUUUGAAGUCUAGUGUUGAUUCUUUGAUUGGACUGGAUUUAUCUUCAGUUUCCAAAACUCUUUGUGUUUCUUCAACAGACCAUGGCAAUAAUACUGUCAGAGAGGAACAGAAUUAUGUCAAUUCUGACACACAAAAUAAAGAAAUCAGUGGAACUAAAGAAUUGUGCAUAAAAGUAGAUAGAACACUUUCAGAUUCGUGUAAUUAUAGCAGAAAAGAAAAUCUAAAGGAUAAAAAGGUCUCUGAUAAGUUAGAACCUGUUCUUGAUUUUAGCAUGUCAGCUACUUUGACUCAACAAAGUUCACAAAUAUCUGAUGCCAAAGACAACUUACAACACAAGAACCAGCCAUGUGAAUUAGUAAAAGCUGAUGGCUGUUUGGUGAAAGAGGAAUUAGAUGUGGCAGUCAUAGCUACCACAGAAUAUUUAAAAGAAGAAGGCAGCACAAGUGCUUUACCUUGCACACUUCCAAAAAAUGAAAGUUUGUGCUUAAAUGAUUCAAAUUCAAAAGAUGAAAAUCUCAAAUUACCUGACUUUUCCUUUCAGGAAGAUAGUGCUGCUAUAUUUAUAAAACAAUCUGUGAAUGAAGACUCAAGAAGUUUAGAUCUUAAAGACAAUAAAGAUGUAACCAAAGAUUUCUCUUCAACUUUUUGUGUUUCAAGUGAAGAGAUAUAUUCUUCAUUGUCCUGUCUUCCAGGACCUGGCUCUUUGUGUGGAUCAUUAGUUGAAAGUAAAGCUCAUGGUGAUUGUUUAUGUCAGAAUGAACGUAAAGAUAAUAUACAAGAUGAAGUGACUGUGUGUGAAGAAAUACAGAAGAGUAUUAUUCUAGGUGGAGAACCAUUGAAGGAGACUGAUGAUUUGAAACAGGAAAAAUGUAAAAACAUACUUCAUCAGCCAUCAGUUGAAAGUAUGGGAGAUGGGAAGAUAAAUUCUGACCAGAGGGUAAUCAGAGUUGAAUCUUUGGAUUACCCUGAUACCCCCGGUUCUUCUACAGCUGCAGAAUCUCAAAUGGAGCUUUUUGUUGCUAAUGUGCCAGAGUCUCCUGAUCAUUACGAAGGUCUUGCUUUUUCAAGCAAUGAUAGCAAUGGGCAAGACUUAGAUUACUUUAAUAUUGAUGAGAGCCUGAAAAGUGGUGCACUAGUUAGUGAUGCUGAACUUGAUGCCUUUCUAACUGAACAGUAUCUUCAGACCAGUAAUGUAAAGUCAUUUGAAGAAAACGUAAGUGACUCAAAAUCUCAGGUGAAUCAGAUAGAUACAGAAGGCCUAGAUGAUAGAAAUGCCAGUAAUAAAUAUUUCAGUGCUGAAGCAGGAGCUACUGGGGAAAGUUCUGGCGUUAAUAUGAUUUGUGAAACUGUUGAUAAAGAAAAUGCAACAGAAAAUGAUGGCCUUUCUUUAGAGGAAAAAAGUACAAUUCCAAUUGAACAAGGCUUAUCUGGUAGUAGGUCUGAUAUUACAAAUGAGUUAUCAGUCUCUGAUGUUAACAGUCAGUCUGCUCAUGUUGGAGGGGCCAGACCUAAGCAAUUGUUUAGUGUUACAUCAAGACCAAGGAGUUCAAAGGAACCAGAUAAGCCAGAUGUUCCAAAUUUGCCUGAAAAUGAACCCAGCAUAGCAAAUACCAUUGUUCCAACCACUUGUACUACAGAUUCUACAGCUGAUUCUCAGGUUAACUUCAACUCUAAUUACAUUGAUAUAGAAAGUAACUUUGAAGGUGGAUCCAGUUUUGUAACUUCUAAUGAAGGAUCUCUACCUGUAAACACUUGCAAGGAAGGUCUGGUAUUGGGCCAGAAACAACCUACUUGGGUUCCUGAUUCAGAAGCUCCAAACUGUAUGAACUGCCAAAUCAAAUUUACUUUUACAAAGCGACGACAUCACUGCCGAGCAUGUGGGAAAGUAUUUUGUGGUGUCUGCUGUAAUAGGAAGUGUAAACUACAGUAUUUAGAAAAGGAAGCAAGAAUAUGUGUAGUCUGCUAUGAGACUAUUAGUAAAGCUCAGGCAUUUGAAAGGAUGAUGAGUCCAACUGGUUCCAAUCUUAAAUCUGAUCAUUCUGAUGAAUGUGUCACCAUCCAGCCUCGUCAGGAGACUCACACAUCCAGUAUACCUUCACCUACAAGUUUACCAAUCUCAGCACUUAAACAACCAAGUGUUGAAGGAUUAUGCUCCAAAGAACAUAAGAGAGUAUGGUUUGCAGAUGGUAUAUUGCCCAAUGGUGAAGUUGCAGAUACAACAAAAUUAACAUCAGCAAGUAAAAGACAUUCUGAAGAUUUUAGUCCUCUCUUACCUGAUAUGUCAUUGAUGGUAAAUACAGUGGAUCAUGUUCAUUCUACUACAGUGGAAAAAACAAACAAUGAGAUAGGAGAUUCUGUAAGAAGUGAGAUAAUUCAGAGUCCUAUUUUUCACGUUCCAUCUGUGGAAAAACUGCCUAUAAACACAGGAACUGAGAGGUUUCCUACUCCUUGUUCUUUUACCCUAGAAGAUGAUGUGUUUGCAGAAAUUGAAGAGCCGUCUCGUCCUACUGAUACCUUAGUUAACAGCAAUAUAUCUGUUGCUAAUACUUCAGAUUGUAGGUUACUGUGUGGUAUCGAAAAGAAAGUUGGCAAUAAGCUUAGUCUUCUACCUAAUGAUGAAGACGGUUUGCCCCCUCUUCUGGUUGCAUCUGGAGAAGAGGGAUCAGUGCCUAUAGUAGAAGAACACCCGUCUCAUGAGCAGAUCAUUUUGCUUCUUGAAGAUGAAGGUUUUCGUCCUGUUAUAUUUGUCCUAAAUGCUAAUCUUCUUGUAAAUGUCAAGUUAGUAUUUUAUUCUUCAGACAGAUGUUGGUACUUCUCAACCAAUGGACUGCAUGGCUUGGGACAGGCAGAAAUUAUUAUUCUGUUGUUAUGUUUGCCAAAUGAAGAUAGAAUUCCUAAGGACAUCUUCAGACUAUUUGUCACCAUAUAUAAGGAUGCUCUAAAAGGAAAAUACAUAGAAAACUUGGACAAUAUUACUUUUACUGAGAGUUUUCUCAAUAGCAAGGAUCACGGAGGAUUUCUAUUUAUUACACCUACUUUUCAAAAACUUGAUGAUCUUCUAUUACCAAGUAAUCCUUUUCUUUGUGGAAUUCUUAUCCAGAAACUAGAGAUUCCCUGGGCAAAGGUUUUUCCUAUGCGCUUAAUGUUGAGAUUGGGUGCAGAAUAUGAAGCAUAUCCUGCUCCUCUAAUAAGUGUCAGAGGCCGAAAACCUCUUUUUGGAGAAAUAGGACACACUAUUAUGAACUUACUUGUUGACCUUCGAAAUUACCAGUAUACCUUGCAUAACGUUGAUCAGCUCCUGAUUCAUAUGGAAAUGGGGAAAAGCUGCAUAAAAAUACCUCGGAAAAAAUACAGUGAUGUAAUGAAAGUAAUAAAUUCUUCUAAUGAGCAUGUUAUUAGUAUUGGAGCUAGUUUUAGUACAGAAGCAGAUUCUCAUUUAGUCUGUAUACAGAGUGAUGGUGUUUAUCGGACACAAGCCAACAGUGCUAGGGGCCAUCCUAGAAAAGUGACUGGUGCAAGUUUUGUGGUAUUUAAUGGGGCUCUAAAAACAUCCUCAGGAUUUCUUGCUAAAUCCAGCAUAGUUGAAGAUGGCUUAAUGGUACAAAUAACUCCAGAGACUAUGGAUGGCUUGCGGCUAGCUCUACGAGAACAAAAAGACUUUAAAAUUACAUGUGGAAAGGUUGAUGCUGUAGACCUAAGAGAAUAUGUGGAUAUCUGCUGGGUGGAUUCUGAAGAAAAAGGAAACCAAGGUGUUACUAGUUCAGUGGAUGGAACAUCAUUACAAGGAAUUCAAAGUGAAAAAAUGAAACUGGAAGCAGAUUUUGAAACUGAUGAGAAGAUUGUAAAGUGUACUGAGGUGUUCUACUUUCUAAAGGACCAGGAUUUAUCUAUUUCAGCAACUCGUUAUCAGUUUGCAAAAGAAAUAGCCAUAGCUUGUAGUGCUGCACUGUGCCCUCACCUGCAAACUCUAAAGAGUAAUGGGAUGAAUAAAAUUGGCCUCAGGGUUUCCAUUGACAUGGAUAUGGUUGAAUUUCAGGCGGGAUCUGAAGGCCAACUUCUUCCUCAGCAUUAUCUAAAUGAUCUUGAUAGUGCUCUGAUUCCUGUGAUCCAUGGUGGGACCUCCAACUCCAUGAGUUUACCAUUUGAAAUAGAAUUAGUAUUUUUCAUUAUAGAAAAUCUUUUUUAGUGAAAGGAUGUGUGUCAUACUGUAUGUUGACAAACUGACUUGUUAAAACUAACUCCAGCACUAAAAGUGAAAUGCCACAAACACUAAGAGUAAAUAUGUUUGAUGCUUGAAACAUGUAAGCUUUGCUUUUUAGGCAGGAAUGAUCUUUUUAAAUCAUUAGCACAAUAUUUAAAUCUCUAAAAAUUUAAGAGAUCUACAGUUUUUGAAGCUUUACACUUAAUACAAGUACUAAAAAGACAAAGAUUUCUUCUGUCUUUAAGAAAUUUGUAGCAUUUAUUGUAUAUUAUUUAAAUGCUAUGCCAAAGUAUCUGCACUUAGGUAUACCUCUUUAUGUCAAGAACAAUUUAAAUGAAGGCCCUUUUCAGAUGUAACCUUACAAGGGAAAUAGCUGUUUUGUGUAUAUGCCAGUUAGAUUAUUGAUUUCUAAGUCUGUUAAGAAAUGUAUUUCAGUGGUAUAGUUUCCAGAUCUUAGACCUACAUAAUUCUUUGAACAAGGCAGAUAACUUAUUUGUAUAAUUGGAGUGGAGACCUACCUCCAUGAUUAUAUCAACUCAUUGUGUGGAUUAAAAUAAGAAUUUUGCCUUUUUUCUUCUCAAAUUAUUAUAUAUAUAUAUAUCUUUUUCUUGAUUAAAUGGUUAUUCUUAAAAUAAUUGUGGGUGCUUCAGGAUUUGUGCUUCUGUAAGUAUAUUGUUUUUAUAGCAAGAACAUGUGAUUUGGUAUGUGUUUUAUAAAUCUUUAAUAAUUAAUAAAUAGGUAAUAUUUUUGUAUUGCACUGCAUUAUUUUUCCUCCUAUCCUUCUGAAGUAUACCACUGUAUUUACCACUUCUAAGAGUGACUGACAACAGGCCAGAUGACCCUUGAAGUAGUCAUUAUGUAGCAAUAAAAGAUGCCUGAAAUAGGUUUUUUUUUUUACCUCUCCUUUAAACCUUAGAAAUUUCUUGGCAAGUCUGCAUAUUUUCAUUGACACUAAUGUAUUAAAUAUAAAUUGUAAUGAACUAAAUACUUUUGCAUAUUUAAAUUCUUUAUAUGGUAGUUAUUCUUUAUAACAGGUUAUUAAGGUAAGUUCAAUUCUGUGCAUUUGAAACUGUUACAGAACUUUCCUCUUCAAACAGCAAAAUAAAAGUAUAUUGUGUCACAAAAAGGGCAUAUUUUAGUUCUGCAUUUAAGUUUAUAAAAUGUAAUUAAUGAUUUAAAAAAUUCUUAUGUUGAUUAUAUAUGUUUUUGUAUCAAGAAACACUGUAUAUCUCCAGAAAAAGAAACUACACUGAAUAGCCCUAUUUUAAGAAAAAUACUAUGGAGCAUAUUAACUUGAAGACCAAGCUAGGUUGUAACUCAGGACCUGAGAUCUCAGGCUAGGAGAGACUCAGAAUUUUAGUCAUUUUGGUCAUAUAGUCCUACUGAGUUACACCAGUAAUACUAGACAAAGACACAAUAUGGAGGAGAAUAUCAGUCUUCUGGAAGUAGCUACUUCAUAAAUAACAUAAAAUUUGCAGAUGUCAAAUAAAAUGGCAACAUGUAAUCUGUGAUUGAAAUGGUAAAAGAUAAAGACAACUGCAUAUCAAACUUAUGUUUCCUUUAUAUAGUAUGUAUUUUGUAAUAUAAGUAGCUCACAGUGUAUGAAUACUGAACAUUUUUUUUCAUUUUUGUGAACUUACUUUAAAAUAACCAAAUGGUGGAGGACUCUUCCCAUGAUGGGAUAGCUUUGGACUUGUUUUCAUAAAGUCUUUGUUAAUAAAAGUUGGAAUUAUGUGCCUUUGGAGGCACAUUUUCAAGUAUUCUUUGUAGAUGUGUAUGUUUCUGAAUGCAUUUGUUACUUACUUGGUCAUGUUCUUCGCAUUGGUACUUAAUUUGAAAUUUUAAUUUUUUUUAAGUCGAAUAAUAGAAUAUUCUUUAUACUCAGGGUAAUGGCCAGUGUUUGGUCUUAGGCCUUUUAGUACUCCUCUUUCUCUGAAUUUUGAAAUAGGAAGUAAAAUCUACUUCAUUUGUCUAAUGCAGCCAUACAAUAAACUGUGUGUCUAUAUUGUU